AUCUGUGGCAUAAUUGGUGGUGCUAGAGUGAGGAUUUGCAUGAGUUUUGAAAUUAUAGCAUCAGACAACAAUUUAUUAACUUUGGAUUCUCUCUUACAAAGCUGACUCCAACUAAUCCACUCUCUCUCUCCUUGUAAUGAAUUAAAAAUAAAAUCUUCAUAUUAAAUUCUUAUCAGAAAACUUGUAGUGAACUUUUUUAUGCAACAGUUUUGGAAUUGGAAUUUUGUUUGGUUUUAAGUAAGAUUUCAGAGGCAAGAAUAUAACUUUUCAGUUGGAUAAUAAUUACAGGCUCUCCAAUUUAGAGAGGCUGUGAAUAAAUUAAUUAAGCAUAGACUGGAAGUGCACAGUACUCCAGGUGAAACCAACUUAAAGAAAGAUCAUGCAAACGUGUUGCAGACCCUUCAUUUGUUAGCCUCAUUUAUUCUUCCUCUUCUUCUCUGAGAGAAUCAUAAUCAUGGUCUCUUCUCCACCAUGGACUUUUCUCAGGAUUUCUCUUUAACUUCUCUUUUAGUCUUUCAAAAUACCCUCAAGAAAGAGUUGAUUAGGAGUUUGCAUGUGUAUAAAUUGAAGGAUGAGAAAGAAAAAGAAGUUGAAAGAGAGUUUCUUUUCUCUUUAGAUAGUCCUUAUGUUGAAAUGGCAGCUAACCCUCUUUUUAGAAUGGUCAAAAUUGGGGUUAUGCAAGUUGUUGAAGGGCAGUUGAUGGGUUUAUGGAGCUGCAUUUUUGCUUUUCAUGCUCAUCAUUCCCCUCAUUUCACUCACAUUCCUUCUUUACUCUCAAUUUCUAGAAACCCCAAGCUGAAUUCAAUUCCAACACUUGCCAAUGAUCUCCAAAUAAUUUUGAAGUUGAGCAGCAAAACAGCAGACAAAGAAUCGAAAGAUUUUUCCUUCAAAGAAAAAUGUAUUAAAGGCAUUGGUAAUCGUUGUCACUCAACGAAAAAUCUGCUGGUGUUAGAUCAGGAUUUAAACUGUCUUCCUAAUUCAGUUGCUACAUCCGAACUAUUGAAGGGUCAACAAAUCGACUCCAAAGAAUCAGGUGGUGAACCAAGGAAGAAAAGAAGAGCAGCUGCUGAAGACAUAGCUAGAAUUGCAUUAGAAGAUCUUGUUAAGUACUUUGAUCUUCCAAUUGCGGAAGCUUCAAGAAAUCUGAAAGUUGGACUAACAGUACUGAAGAGGAAGUGCAGGGAAUUUGGCAUUCCCCGUUGGCCACAUAGGAAGAUCAAGUCUCUCGACAGUCUUAUUCGCAAUCUCCAGAAAAUGUUAGUACAGGAAGAGGCGGAAAGGCAAAAGCAGGAGAAUGAGGAUGCUGCGGUGGCUGUAGCAAAGAGGCAAAGGAUGUUGGAGAUGGAAAAGGAAACUAUAGAGAGGAAACCGUUCAUGGAAAUACAAAGCGAGACCAAGAGAUUUCGGCAAGAUGUUUUCAAGAGAAGGCAUAGAGCUCGAGUACUACAAAACCUAAGUUUAUGAGUCUCUUUUAGCAUAAAGAAUCGGGACCAAAUUGAAAUUCAGGAACCUAACUGUUUUAUUUAAAAGCCAAGAACAUCAUCAAUACCAUUUGUACAGGUUUGUGCUUCUGAUGCUAACAGUUUUGAUAUCUCACUUUUGUGGCUUUAUGGCUUUUGCUUUUGUUCAAUUGUCAACUUUAGGUCC